AUUCAUUUACAAUGUCAAGUGCCAUUGGUCUAAAACUCAAAGUUAAUUUAACGCUCUAGAGCUUCUCUAUUGACGGCAAAGCUAGUCUUGCAAGUGCUGGCAAUAAAAUAUCAAUACCCAACCAUAAGCAUUCUUGAAACAUCGAUACCGAUCAUGACGUCGAAAUGAGCUUCGAGUCUAUUGAGUGGUUUUGAUACUGCUUUUGGCCUGCUGCUAUGGCGAUCAACCAUUUCAGAUGUACCACGCAUCCUCAAAAGAGAUUGUCUGCGAGCCAGUGCUGGCAUCAUCCAAUUAGUCCACUGCAUGGCAAGGCUGUCGAUGAGUGUUACCCGGAUGAUUUUUAGUGAAGGCGCUUUUGAGCCUUAUUGGUGAUUCAUGCGGGGGAAUUUGGGUAAUCCCACACUUGGGGGCAGUAAAAAGCCUUUCUCAUGCAAGGUAAUUCUGUUCAGCCUCCGUUCACACGCGAAUGGUAGAGGAUUUAUGAAAAAUGAUUCGAAUGUUUAUACUAUAUCUUAUCCCCAUCCCCAAUGAGCUAAUUGAUCACUCUUUCUGUCAACGAAACAAUUCAUCCUUCCAAUUAUUCGGUCAUAAUUCCUUAGUUUUGACAUCUUUGCGCUCAUGGAUUAUUCAAAAACACUCUCAACCGGAGAUCUUACAGCAUCAUCAGUAUCUGCCUAUGUCAUCGAUGAAUCCAAGACUCUUGAAUCUCACUGCUUCAUACCAGAACCCCCAAAUCAUCACCCACACCAUGGUGGAAAAGUUAUCAGCGAUGCAGAUUGGCCAACUCUAAAACCAAUCAUUCAUCGUCUGUACAUCAUUGAUAAUUUGAAAUUUCCCAAAGUUAAGGAGGCGCUCAAAUCGGAGUUCGGAUACAAGAUCACGAAACGGCAAUUUACUCGAAAAGUCGGAAGCUGGGGCUUUAAAAAGAAUUUUAGGAAAGAUGAAAGAGACGAGAUUGUGAAGAGCGGAAGAAUUCCUCAAAGGCUUAUACACGACUCACGAAUUAACCAAAAAAGGAUUGAGCGCUUGCAGAAAAGAUAUGUCGCCCGUAUGGGUCUUGGAGUCGAAAGCGAAGAUAAUGAGAGAUCUCUCGUACAGGACCAGGACUUUUCUCCAAAAACGAACGCAAUCAAAGAAGCUUCAUUGGACCUUGAACCCUGCUAUACCAUGACCGGGGAUCAAAACGCGGCACUUGAAGACCACGACAUGACUGUAGAAGAGAUCCCCAGAUCAGAGUUUCGUCAUGACAUAGUCACACAAAACACCGAAGAUGAAUGGCCUUUCAGUCAAUCUGCUGGAGAUGAUUCCGAAAUUUCAUGGUUGGCUGAAUUGUUUGUGCAGCUUGAGAUUGCAGAAAUCAUCACAUCCACAAGUUUUGAGACCGAGAAGGAAAAGCAGUGGGAUGUCGAAGAAGCGCGAUUCAUAUCUGGGACGGAUUUGAAAGCACUUUCCAACCCAUACGAUAAAACUUUAGUAUGCGGUGGGUCUUUCCUGGCUCAAAGGAACAAUCACUACCCACAUCACCUUUCUACUAGGAGUACCUCGCUACAAACCCACAAUUCAGGAAUAUAUCAAUGUCGCUGGAGUCCUCUGUUCGAGAUUGACAUCUUCCCACCAUUUAGAAACUCCAACAAUCGCAUUCAGAACAAUUUUCUUCAUUCACUUGCAUCUUUCAAAAGGAUGUCAGUAGAUUUAGAGUCGAAAUUGUCGAAAUUAGAAAGAUUACUACCAGCGAAUUCUCCAGCAAUCAUUUCGACCCUGGAGUACUUGAUUUUUGUCUACAACCGACUUCUUUGGAAGAGAAAAGUUGCAAUGACAUGCAGAAAGCUCUUGUAUGCAAGACAAAACGAACGAUUCCCUAAUACAUACAAGAUUGUAGAAUCAUGUCUUGGGAUUGUCGAUUCCUGCAUUGCUUUGGGGGAAUUGAUGAUUGGGAGGGAUCUGCAUCUCAUUUUGCACCCAAAGAUAGAAGAGGCUGUGGAUUCUCAACAUCCACUACACAUUCAUUCAUCUUAUUUGAUGGCCAAGAUCUUACAUCGAAUUAACCAGGAUCGCGAAGCUGAAAAUAUAAUCUGUCCUUUGAUGCAGAUAGUUCUAGCUACAUUAGGGCACAACCACUUAUUAACCAUUAAAGUCAUGAAUCUAUUGUCUUUGAUCUUGAAAAGAAAGCAUUAUCUGAUCGAGGCCAAUAGGCUUUCUAGAUACAGUCUUCAAGUGUCCAUUCAAUCAGGCUUGGGUGUAGCUUGGUUCGAAAGCGCAAGUACACUCAUCUUUGUAUUAGAAGCCCAGGACCUUUACAACGAGAGUAUCAAUCUGUCUCAUCACAUAUCCAAGUUAUCAGCCGAAGCCCUUGGUGAAAAGCUUGCAUGCCAUUUUCAUCACAUAAUAAUGGCCAGAGCCCUCUUGCAACAAAAUAAAGAUUCAAAGGCAGUUGAUAUGCUCAAGGGUAUCCAAAAUUCCCCUUACGCAAAUGAAUCGAAUGAAAUAUUCAUAGAGGUAGAGUUUAAAGGCGUCCUGGGUAACGCUCUUUGGAAACAGGGACGUGUUUGGGAAGCUAUAGUUUGCUUCAAAGAAUCUCUCAAAUCGACUGUCAAAAUGUACGGAUGGGACCAUUCAAGUAUUUUUUUACAUUGCAAGAUAAUUGUAAAUUGCUUGGUACAUCUUUCACAAUAUGAUGAAGCUUUGAGGUUUUUUGAGAGGUUUCUGGAGAAAUGUAGGGGGUUUGUCAAGCAGGGCUCACCCAUUGCAGGAUGGAUCGAGGAGACCGAAGAUAGAAUGUACAGAAUGCGAGGAGAGGUUGAAGAUGACGAUAAUAGCAUUUCUGAAGAUGAUUACGAGGAAGAUGAAACAUCUUUUGGCGACACUGAGAUGAAAGAUCAUGAUAUUCAUGAGGAAGAGGACGAUGACAAGGCUCAAUUUGAAGGUCGCGGGCCAAGAUUGGAUGAUAUAUUCAAUACGGAACGAGACAUCUCUAAGGACAUAACCUUUGAGGAGCUAGGUCUUGAUGAGGCUUUCUCAUUAUAAUUUGAUAAUGGAAUAGGGGCUUGAAUGGAUUUCCUCCUCAACGCUAGGUUAAAUUUAUGCUAUGAAAUUGACAACAAGUCAGCAUUUGCGGCACCAACAAGCUAGAAUAUAUAGACAGAGCGCAGGAUCUUUCCUGUCCCAGGUGAAUCAAUGUACACUGUUGAAUC